AUGAUUCAUCCAUCGGCUGCCACCUCUGGAUUAGUAAACAGAAAAAAACUUGAUGAAGAACCCAUCAUUAAUUUACAAACAUCAAAUCAAUUCAUUCACAAUGAACAACAAUUUACACAAAAAUCAAUUUCCAAUUAUUUAAUUAUUUUCAGCAUUAUUAUUAAUAUUUUACUUUUUUAUUUUCUAUUUAUUGUCUUUCCGAGGAGGAUAACAUCCAUUGGUGAUGGCUAUAAUUUACCAAAUACUAAAUGGAAUGAAGUAACAUUUCUACAUCAGCACAUUCGAUCAUCACCAUCAUUUCCAAAAUCAUUUAACAUUCAUGAUUUGAUAGCAAUCUUGCUGACCAAUAAGGAAACUACUGUUGGAUCCUAUCAAUGGUAUAAAAAUCAAUUGGAACAGUUUAGUUUGUUGGGUACUACUAAAUUUAAAGAUAGAGUCAUGACUAGGUUUGGAUUUGAUACAGAGAGAAUAACUUCGCCAAAUAUGUUUAAUUAUUUUAGGACAUUUAGUGUAAAGGAUAAUUGUAAAUAUCAACACUCAUGUCAAAUAUAUCCUUUCAAUGAUGCCAUACGUGAAUUUAAUAUGGGUAAUCAAUUGGAUGCUGUACUGUAUUAUUACCAUGAGCCUUACAAGUACAUUUCUAAACCACUUCACAGUGAAAAGAAAGUUAUUGGUUCUCUUUGGCAGAGUUUAACAAAUUUUGAUUUGGAACAUGUUUCAUCAAUGGAAGGUUUACAACAAUUAUCUGCCAAAAUUGAUGAUUUGAAUGGUGAAAAUGUUUGGAGAGGAAUGAGAACUCUUUCAAUUUAUAUGAAUAGUGAAGCACUUGUAGAGGAAAGAUUAUCAAACAAGAUUCAACUUGUCAAUGAUAAGGAUUCCAUGCAAAGAUUUUCUAAUUCUCAUAUAGAUAUUACUUCUUGUUUUAUGAAGAAUUGUACAGUAUGGAUUAACUAUUUGUAUCAACCAAUUGAUUUAGACUCUCCAAAAUUUGCAUCUAAAAAUCCAACCCACUCAUCCAUUUGUGCAUUCAUUUCCAAUUGUAUUGCUGGUGGUCAAUUGCCACUAAGAAGACUUUUACUGCUUCGUAAAUUAGGUCAAUAUGUUCCAGUGCGGCAAUAUGGAAAAUGUUUUAACAAUGCACAAGAAGGUCCAGGGGGAAAGGCCUUUGAAUUGGAAAAUAAUUGUAAAUUCUAUUUUGCCAUGGAAAAUUCACUCGUACCAGAUUACAUUACUGAAAAAUUCUUUGAAGGAAUGAAAGCUCUUGAAAAGGGUGCUAAAAUUCUAAUGAUCUACAAGGGUGCACCAAAUAUUCACUCCUUCAAUUUCCCAAAAUCCAUGUACAUUAACAUUGAUGACUAUGAGUCAGUGGAUGAGUUGGGCAAGUAUUUGAAAUUUUUAAAUGAUAAUCCAGUAGAGUUUGAAAAGAGAUUUGCUCAAAUUACUAAAAGUGAUAGAAUACAAGCUAAUAAGGCAAUUGAUGAGUUGAAUUACAAAUUAGGUAAUACUAUUCCUUGCAGAUUUUGUAAAUCUAUUGGGCAAGUUAAAUUGGCUAGAUACCUUUUAUUCAAAAUUGGUCUAGUUCCAAAAUAUUAUAAGGUAAACUUUGAUGAAUGGAAAGAAUUCAGGUCUAAAUUUAAUUAUUUAGGUGAGGAAAGGUUGGCAAUUUUGGAUUCCAUUUAUCAAAUGGCUUAUGCAAAUCUAUUUUGUCCUGAAAAUUUCAGAAAUGAGUUUAAUCUUGGAUUUCAAUAUUGA